AACACACAGCAAAAUCAGUGGAACAAACAAGCCAGCACUGUCCUCCACACACAGUCACAAUGCACACUCCUUCACAUUUCCUCCUCACCAUUUUCAGUUUGAUCAAAGUUGCAGUGAGUGAAGAAGGGAUUUGCUCUAUGCCCCCUUCUAUUAUUAACUCUGAUUCGGACUCGAAGCCUCUGUACUGGAAGGUCACCAAUCCUACACUUUCUCCUUCUCAUCUUCAAGACUUGCCGGGUUUCACACGCAGUGUUUAUAAAAGAGAUCAUGCUUUAAUAACACCAGAAAGCCAAGUAUUCAGUCCUUUACCUGAGUGGACUAAUACAUUGGGAGCGUACUUAAUUACACCGGCAAUUGGCUCAAACUUUGUAAUGUAUCUAGCAAAAAUGCAAGGGAAUUCAAAAUCAGGGCUCCCGCCAUCUGAUGUUGAGAGGUUCAUAUUUGUGGUUCAAGGUGCUGUGACUCUCGCCAAUGUUUCUGGCGUUAGCCAUGAACUGAUAGUUGAUUCAUAUGCUUAUCUACCUCCUAAUUUUCAACAUUCACUAAAGUGUGAUGCAUCUGCUACUCUUGUGGUAUUUGAGCGAAGGUAUGCCUCUCUGGAAAAGUAUGUCACUGAGCAGAUUGUCAGUUCAACAGAAAAACAGCCACUCCUUGAAACUCCAGGAGAAAUCUUUGAACUUAGGAAGCUUCUCCCCACAUCUUUGCCAUAUGACUUCAAUAUCCAUAUCAUGGAUUUUCAACCUGGAGAGUUUCUUAAUGUGAAGGAGGUGCAUUACAAUCAGCAUGGUUUGUUGCUUUUAGAGGGACAGGGCGUUUAUCGCUUGGGUGAUAGCUGGUAUCCAGUUGAAGCUGGUGAUGUCAUUUGGAUGGCUCCAUUUGUGCCUCAAUGGUACGCUGCACUUGGUAAAACUCGGACACGAUAUCUUCUGUACAAAGAUGUAAAUAGGGAUCCAUUGUAAUAAUAUUUAACAAGAAAUAAGCACAUAGAUGUAACUGUAUGAAUCUGACAACUCCUAUUAUAUAAUGUGUGAACUGUAGCUGUCACAUGCUAUGCACAUCACUUUGAAUUGUCGUCAUAAUGUGAUGUAUGCAUCCAUUUAUCAGAAAUUCUAGUAAUUUGCUGCAGGAAUGCCAUUUUCUCCAGUUUUUAAGUU